CGCCCUUUACAUCGCAUAAGAAACCGUACAGUGGUGACCCCGAGGACUCGAACUUUAUACCGUGCGUUUUUGUGUGUUGUGCAAGUGUUUUUUGGACUUGGACCGGUACGACCUGCACCAUGGCGCAGGCCGACACAGAUGCUACUGACAAACAAACCAUGGCUCCGGAAGCUGCUCUCCAACUGGCAAGCAUCACCGUAUUAACACGCAUACUAGAGUUUUGGACGGACCAACCACGCCUUUGGUUCAUCCAGAUUGAGGCCAUCCUGUGCCCGCAGAAGCUGGGCGACGAGCAAAAAUACAAUUUGGUAAUCAUGAAAUUAAGCAAGGAUGCCAUCGCCCAAAUUACUGAUUUUUUGACCAAACCACCGGACAAAAAUACGUAUAAAGCUCUGAAGGAGAAAUAACUUCAAGUUUUUGAAGAGUCAAAGGCCCGGAUACUAUACAAGCUGAUUGGUGAGGUGGAGCUUGGUGACCAGUGCCUAUUCCAGCUGCUGACGAAGAUGGCUGACCUGGCGCGAGGGAAGAUGAGCGAAGACACUCUGUCUUUGCUGUGGAAAAGGCAUCUCCCGAUGUCGGUACGCGCAUUCCUCACCGUAUCUGAGACCAGUGACUUGGCGCAGCUCGCCAAACUCGCCGACAAAGUACUGGAAAACAUCCAGCCUUCCCAUAUCUCAGAGGUUGGUGCCACAGUAAAGGGUGAGUCUACUACAUCUAUUUUGGCGGAGAUGGCGAAAAUAAUUUCGCAACUCGACAACUUGACCGUUUCUACUUUGGGACCCAGACGUAACUUCAAACGUAACAACGGGAGGUUCCGGGAAAGGUCACCCCGGCCGGGUGCAUAAGAAACCGUACAACGACAAGCAUGGUAAGCCGAUAGCUCUGUAGGUAUAAGACAAAUGGAAGAUCUUCCACCGAGCGGAUGAUAUUACUCGGUAGACCGACGGUCCGAAUGGUGUUAUUUGGAACUUGUAUAUAUGCGAGCUUAUCUUGAAAAUGUCGUAAGCGAGAUUCGGGCAUCUGUCAAAUAUCUUGUAUUCUGUGAUGAUUACCACCAGAGUUUCUUUUAAUUACUCAGAGCUGUAGUGGAAGUGGUCCUUAGCUCCAGCGAGUCUCGUGCAACGCAGGCGCGCCACGCCGCCUAGCCCAGCAAUGGCCAGCAUCCUUCAUUCCGCUCCCGACCUCCUACCGGAUCGCACACCUACGAACUUCAUCUCUGACACCUAGCUGCCUCUUGCAGGUUUCCUUCAAACUGAAAGGAACGAUCGGCGGGCGUGUGAACGCCUGCUGUGAGACGACGACUCAAACAAGUAAAAUAUUCUCCGCGGUGAACAACUUCUUCGCUGAUUCGCCUCUGGUGAAUCACAUCAAGGGCAUCAUGACCCGACAAACAAGCAAUAGUGGCAGAGAGCCAGGGCCUCCUGACGAAUCUUCCCGACCGGCAAGUAAAGAGCCCCCAACCCUGGCGGUCAGCCCUUCGGGCAGUCAGCAGUCGAUUACAUCGAUCUCUCCAUCGAGGUCCCAGCGCCAGGUAACAUUCCUGAAGCCGGCGGCCAAUACCAACCUCGAUAGAAAGGCUUCCAUUAUCGACGAGAGCACCGGCAUAACUAGGACUCAGAUGAAAGAGUUUCGUGAAGCUUUCCGUCUCUUCGACAAAGAUGGUGACGGAACUAUCACGAAGGAGGAGCUCGGGAGGGUAAUGCGUAGCCUCGGACAGUUCGCACGCGUCGAGGAAUUGCAAGACAUGCUGCAAGAAGUCGAUAGCGACGGUGACGGCAACGUAAGCUUCGAAGAGUUCGUCAGCAUCCUGUCCAAAUCGAUGUCCGGCGGAGGGGGAGGUUCAAGUUCGGCGGAACAAGAGGAGAGAGAGCUCCGUGACGCCUUCCGCGUGUUCGACAAACACAACCGCGGCUACAUCUGCGCAUCAGAUCUGCGCGCCGUGCUGCAGUGCUUGGGCGAAGACUUGUCCGAAGAGGAAAUCGAAGAUAUGAUCAAAGAAGUGGAUUCCGAUGGAGACGGCCGUAUAGAUUUCUUAGAAUUCGUGAGGGCCCUAGGUGAGCCUGAGGAUGCAUGCGACGAUGAAGAUGACGAGGACGCUACCGAGGGCACCGACAUCCAGCUGCCUAGACCCGUCGCAGCUAUAUAAAAAUAAUCGCUUCAAUUUUACUAACGCAUCGCAAUAUCGCGCUUCCAAAUUGUCAUCGAUUUUUCCCGCUUUUUUUGUAAUAAUUGUACGAUAAUUACGAUUUUUAACUUAAUAUGCGUUUAUAAAGACGGCGUCGUCUCCGGAAUGGCAUGCUAACGUCACAUGUAAAGUUUGGGCCGGGCCUCUUCCACGUGUUGUGACAUGAGGUACUUUUUGUUGAACCUACUAAACAGCCCCGUCACUGCUCCACCAAAGCGCUGGAUCAUAACGAAAACAGAAGCUUAAAAGGGCAAAGGUGAAAAGUUAUUUGGUAUAUGCGACAAAUCGCUCAAUACCCGACAUUUACCUUUGUAAUUAAAGGUCAGUUUUAUUUGGUAUUAGUAUCAACAAUUCGAUGUUUUUAAUUGAACUUUUAACACUAAAAGUCCGACUGGCGGAGCUUUUGUGAGUUCGGUGUUCCGGGCUGUUUGCGAAGAAUCGUCAUAAUUAGUUCAGUGCGCCGCGUAGGGCACCCGUGACCUACGAGGCAGUGAAUGUAUAGUGUAUAAUCUAUGGUUACCAAUGUCAUGCGACAGUGGCAUUUUCUUCCGGAGGCCUAAUAUACUAUUUAUUAUCACGUCACAUACAUACCUUUUGUAUUAUCAAUUACCAUUCUAUAUUAUGUACGCUUAAUAUAAAAUAGACGAGAUGUGUUCAUUAUUUAAUAUGUAUAAAUGACCUGUGUAUUGUAAUACUAACCACCAACAAACUUGAAUUUUCAUUACUUAACAUUUUUAAACAUUCAAAUGCGGUUUAUUUUCUCUACGUCAUUUUUUUUUUCAUGUUUCAAAAGCGAGUAAAAUCUUAAAUCGAGUUUGAAUCUUUUAGGUAGAUAGUGUUUGGAAAUUUCAUGAUUUCAAAGUUUUUCGCAAAUAUUUAGAUUUUUUAAAUAUUACCUACUAAUAAUAUCAUUCAUUUCAAUAAUAUGAUUAAUUACAAUAUUUAAACUUCUAAUUACUAUAACACCAAUUUACUAAUUAAAUGUAAAUAUUUAUUCGUAAGUAUAGUAAAAUUAUUAAUUUUCUAGAUAUUUUGAAAACAAAAGUGGGAAUAUUUUACUUUUCAGACUGACCGAAGCGUAAAACGCGCGAAGUCACCUUAAAAACCGUACCUGUGUUUUGUACGAUCACUAGUUAUGAUAUAACUUCAACAUAUUUAUAAACAUAUCUUACAAUUUUUCUAUGUGUAACAGCUUUUACAUUUUAUCUUGGUAAAAUUUAAAUUUGUCAAAUUUAAAACAAUUUCAUAAUGCCCAUAAUUGUAAGUACUUUUAGCAACUUCUUAGGGCAACACUUAUCUACAUUGUAUCUACAGGAAUCUUAAUAAAUAUGAAUAAAAGUA